AUGCCUACUUCUGUGAGAAAUCUUGAUUUAGAAAGUUCUAACGAGGAUGAAAGUGAAUCACUAGAAGGUAAAAAAGGUUUCCCUUUUAUUGAUGUCGAAAUUCUAACAGAAAUCAUGUAGACUUUUUGGUGUCCUGAUUGUUGCUGUGGACCUGUGGCCAUGUGAUCAUGAAGGAGAAUUUGGAAUUAAAAAAGGUAUUUGCUUUGCAGUUGAUUUUCGAAUGUUCAGCUCAGAAUUGUAAUUACUUAAGGAGGUUUUAUACAUCAGAAACUGUUCAUAAUGGUAAAGCUUUUGAGGUAAAUCGCAGAGCUGUGUUGGCUGGAGGAAACAUUGGUAUCGGUCACAGAGGACCCUCAAAAUCCGCCGGAACCAUGAACAUGCCACCACCCAUGAAUGAGAAUGCAUACAGAGAUCAAGUUGUUGCCAUCCAUGCUGAAGUCAUUUGUAAAGCAUGA